AUGCUAGCAUGGUCCAUCGAGUUAUCCCAAUUCCAGAUCAAGUUCAAACCCCGGAACGCUGUCAAAGCACAGGUCUUGACCGAUUUUAUCGCCGAAAUGACUCCGGGAAAACUCACCCCCGAACCAUGGAAACUGCACGUCGACGGCUCGUCAAACUCCACUCACGGAGGCGCCGGAAUCAUACUCGAAAACCAAAACGGGAUCACAAUGGAACAGUCAGUACGAUACGAAUUUCCAGUAUCAAAUAACCAGGCAGAAUACAAGGCCCUCUUAGCAGGCCUGACCCUAGCCCGAGAAGUUGGAGCAAAGGCCCUAGAGGUAAAUACCGACUCCCAAGUAGUCAGUUCCCAAAUCAACGGAAGCUACCAGACACGAGAUCCCCUGCUCCAACAGUACCUCGCCAAGGUAAACAAACUAAAAGAAGGGUUCGAAAGCAUCACCAUACAACAUGUUCCCAGGGAACGAAAUGCCAGGGCAGACCUACUUUCCAAGAUAGCCAGUACCAAACCGGGACACGGUAACAAAUCGCUAAUUCAGGAGGUCGUUAGGUCACCUUCUGUAUCGACAACAGUCAACGCCCAUCUGACGUCCUCAAAUCGGGAGUCCUGGACGCACCCUAUCCUACAGUACCUCCUCGACGGAACUUUGCCGCCAGACCCGAAAGAGGGAAAGCGAAUAAAAAGGGAAGCCGCCAACUAUACCAUCGUAGCAGGACAACUAUACAAACGUGGUUUCUCGCAACCCCUACUCAAAUGCGUCGAACACGGGGACACGGAAUACAUUCUCCGCGAAAUCCACGAAGGCUGCUGCGGUCACCACGUCGGAGGCAAAACUUUAGCCCAAAAAAUCAUCAGGGCUGGCUACUACUGGCCCACAAUCAUUCGAGACUCCAUACAAUUAGUAAAAAGCUGUGACAAAUGCCAAAGACACGCCAAUAUCCACCAAGCCGCCCCACACCAACUCAGCACCAUAUCGGCAGAACGGCCGUUCGGCACUUGGGGGAUCGACCUCGUCGGGCCCUUCCCUACAGCUCCCGGCCAACUCAGAUAUCUCAUUGUCGCCAUAGAUUACUACACCAAAUGGAUCGAGGCCGAACCUCUGGCCUCCAUAACGGCGACCCAGUGCCGGAAAUUCGUUUGGCGGCAGAUCAUCACCCGAUUCGGAAUCCCCGAAGUCGUCAUCUCGGACAACGGAACCCAGUUUGCCGACAAAAAAUUCAGAGAAUUCUUAGAAGGAUUACACAUAUCCCAUCGCUUCAGCUCGGUGGAACACCCCCAAACAAACGGACAGGUGGAAUCCGCAAACAAAAUAAUCGUCAAAGGACUCAAAAAACGGCUCGACGAAGCCAAAGGACUGUGGGCAGACGAAUUAGGAUCGGUCCUAUGGUCAUACCGAACAACACCACAAACGACCACGGGGAAACGCCUUUCCGAUUAA